AUGUCGGACGUUCAGAAGACAGAGGAGGUCCCUGCUGCCGUCCCAGCUCCCGCUACCGAAUCCGCCAAGGACGGUUCUGCUGAUGCUGCCCACGCUGCUGAAACGCCCGCUGAGACUCCUGCCCCUGGAACAAGCAAAGCGGCCGCUGAUGAUUCUGCCGCUGCGGAAGAUACACCUAAGGAAGAAUCUAAUCCUGAAAUCAAACCAGCUUCUGAAGGAUUUCUUGGCUACAAGGCCCCAGGAUUAGUCAAGGGUCUCCGUUUCUCCAAGCGAUUCUGCUGGUUCAGUGACGAUGCUGUUGAGAUUAAGCAGCUCACCGCCUAUUUCCAGAACGAGAAACUGAGCGUCGCUCAUCCUACUGCUGCGUGGGCCAGCCAGACCGGCAAGGGCCUGCUCUUCUUCGCUAAGCGUGCCGAGGACAAGGCUGCCCCUACUGGAAUCAUAAACUUAGCUGAUAUUUCAGACAUUGCCAAGGAGUCUGCCAAUGAGUUCCACUUCAAGUUGGGUGGGCACAAACAUACUUUCCAGGCAGCUAACGGUGAUGAGCGCACCUCCUGGAUCGUGGCCCUCGAGGCCAAGGCUGCUGAGGCAAAGAAUGAAAAGGAAACCAUCACGUCUAGUGAUGGCUACAAGGCUGAGCUGGAGAAGAUGACCAAACCUCCAGUCGUCGCCGCUGCUGCCCCUAAGAAGAGUCUCGAGAAGAAGGAGUCUGCUUCCAAGGAGGGUGACGAGGAAUCGAAGGAGGAAGAAAAGAAGGAAGAGAAGUCAGAGCAAAAGGAGAAGAGCCGAUCUCAGUCCCGGAAGCGGGCUAGCAUUUUCGGAAGCUUCCUGGCUAAGAAGGACGAAGAGAAAAAGGAGGACAAGAAAGAGGAGAAAGCUGAUGCCAAGGAUAGUAAAAGUGAUGAGGCGGAGGCCGCUGCCCCUGCUACUGAGACCCCUGCUCCUGCUGAGUCUACUACUGAGGCCCCCGCUGCCACUGAAGAGCCGAAAGAUGAGGAGAAGAAGGAAACAAAACCUGAGCCAGCUGUCGCCUCUAAAGCCAAGCGUGCCUCCAUCUUCGGAAGUAUUUUCCAGAAAGUCAGCAACCAGGAAAAGGCUGAGAAGGAUGCCCCUCCCAAGAACACUGAGACUCCUGUCUCUAGCACUGCUCCUCAACUCGGAGACCCUGUCGAUCCUUCUACUUCUGAGCCCAUAAAACCAGAGAGCGACAAGAAGGAGGCCGCCAAGCCUGAAGAUAAGGCAGAAAAGAAAACGGAGGAGCCUGUCGCGGAACCUUCAGCAACAACAGAAAGCACCACUACCCCACCUGCUGCCAAAGAGAAGCGUCGCACCUCUUUCUUCGGCAACCUUGGCUCCAAGAAGGAAAAGAAGUCCGAGGCUGUCACCGAUGGCGAGCAAGCUGCUGACGAAGACAAGGCCAAGUCCCCGACAUCGUCUCCCCUCCCCAAAUUUGGAGGCGUAUUCCGCCGCGCCAGCAAGGCUGCCAAGAAGGAAAAGGAGCCCACUGCUCCUUCAGAGUCUGAGCCCAUUCUCGAAGCCGCUGAGAAGCCUGAAGAGAACAGCAAAGACUCCACAACCGAACCCGCUGCAACUGUGAACGGCGCUGAGGCAGAGGGGGAAGACUGA